AUGACGCCCUCGUACGAGGUGAAAACUUUUUCAAGCCCUGCGAGCGACGAAAAAUGUAGUUUCUGUGAGCAUUACCGCGUUCAGCCGCGAAACUACGUGGCGCCGGCGCCGCGCUCUAAGUCGGCUUGCAUAACGUUUUCCUACAAAUUGGACGAGUUCCAGCGCAUCGCGUGCGAGUGCGUAGACAAACUCGAGAACGUCUUGGUCUCCGCGCACACGUCCGCCGGAAAGUCGACGGUGGCGCUCUACGCCAUUCAAGCUGCAGUCGACGACAACGCAAAAGUCGUCUACACCAGCCCCAUCAAGGCGCUGUCGAACCAAAAGUUUCGCGACAUUAGCGAAGCGUACCCCGACAAGGUCGGCUUGCUCACCGGCGACGUUUGCUUCAACCCGGCUGCGCAAAUCUUGAUUGUCACUACCGAAAUUCUGCGCUCCAUGCUGUUUCGCGGUUCCGCCAUGAUGCGCGAACUCAAGUGGGUCAUUUUCGACGAAGUGCACUACAUGCGCGACCGCGACCGCGGCGUGAUUUGGGAGGAGGCGAUUGUGCUGCUGCCGAAUUCCGUCAACAUGAUUUUCCUCUCCGCCACGAUCCCGAACUCGCUCGAGUUUGCCUCUUGGAUUUGCGAGACGAAGACUCGCGCCUGCAACGUGGUCAGCACCUCUUUCCGCCCGACGCCGCUCUGCCACUACCUCUUCAGCGACCACGCUUCCGACUUUCAGCUGGUCAAGGGCAAGGACUGCGUCGUGCUGAGACCCGCGAUCGAGAGCGCGCUCGCUGCCGUCGCCAAUUCGGCGGACCUCGCGCUCGACGGUGCCGCAAAGCGCGCGCGCCCGCGCGUCGGCUCGGCCGAGCACUCGCUGCUCGGGCGCGUGGUGGCGCAGUGCAUCAAGAAAAAGCUGCUGCCGGUGAUUGUCUUCGCGUUCUCGCGGCGAGAAGUGCAGGCCAACGCGCAGCUCUUCGGCGACUUCGAUUUGACCGAUGCAGACGAGAAGGCGCAGAUUAAGGAAGUCUUCGACAACGCGCUCGCCACGCUUUCCGCGGAAGACCGCCGCGUGCAGCAGUUCGCUGAGCAGGCGGAUCUGCUCGUGCGCGGCUUCGGCAUGCACCACGGCGGCCUCAUUCCGCUGCUCAAAGAAGUCACUGAGAUUCUGUUCGAGGCGGGCAUGAUCCGCGUGCUGUUCAGCACCGAGACGUUUAGCAUGGGUCUGAACAUGCCCGCGCGCUCCGUCGUGUUCACCAACCUGCGCAAGUACGACGGCGAGACCACGCGCAUGAUUGCGCCGUCGGAGUACAUCCAAAUGAGCGGCCGCGCCGGCCGCCGCGGCCUCGACCCGCAGGGCCACAGCAUCGUGCUGCUCGACUUCCCGUACGAAGCGGAGCAAAUUGCCAACUUGCUCGACGGCCAGCCGGACCCGCUCGACAGUCGCUUUCACUUAAUGUUUAGCACCGUGCUCAACUUGCUGCGCGUUCAAGGCAUCACUCCGCGCUACAUCAUUCGCCGCUCUUUUUACGCGUUCCAAAACCAGAACAAGCUCGCGCUGCUGCUCGAGCAGCGCGACGCACUGCAGCGCAAAGUUGAGCGGCUCACCGUGCCCUCGUAG